UGUGCUUACACGUACAUAUUAAACUAACAGGUACGUGCAUGAGGCAGGCAUGUAGGGACCUACAUAUAGAAGGUACAUAGGUAGGUACCUAUAGGCGGUACUUGCUAAGCCAAGGGGGUGUCUACGUAACUUGCAUGUCUUUCGUGGGUGUUAAAUACGCGAAUUAUGUACGGGCAGCCGGGCGUGUCCGUCCUCAUUCCUUUCCUUCUUUCUUCAUCCUCGUAUCUUCCCCCCUUCUUCGCCCUCAAUAUCGGCCUUCCCUUGGUGCCCACGUACAGAUAUGCGUGCUCGACAAUAGAGGCGUCGACGCCCGGGAGGUCGGUCCCAGUAGCCUUUCCCUGCCUCGAUUUCUCCGAGCGCGCCAAAAGUAUUCAUGCAGUCCGUUCGUCUGGCUCGCAGGGGAGCUGUACCCGGACUGGGGAAGCUCCAGGCUGAAUACUUCCGUAGGAUGAUAAUUUAUACCCAUCUAUCCAGGGGAGGGGAAGGGGGGAGCAGAGAAGGGGGGCGCAUUCAUUUGGAGCAUCGAUACCGGGGAGGGAUAUUUUAUUACGGAACGCUCUCGCUUCUUGUCGAAUCUUGUCUCGCGUGCCGGAACUCGGAUGCUCGACCCGCGCCCUGCUGCGCUUGCGCACGCAAGUCCAUGUGUCGUGUACGAACGGACGUGAUCUCGUGCCAGAAUCUGACCUGUCACGAGAUGCCUAGAGGCGAGCGUACAGCUGUUUGCCCGAAUGCUUCGGGAGAAGAAAAGAAGACCAAAAAAAAUAUAGAGAGCAAAAGAGGGCAGCGACUGAACCUGUCAGAUAUCAUGACCCCGUCGAGCCGUUUCCUACCUACGCCAGCACGUCUUGCACAAAACCUGCUGGCUCGCCGGGACCGUACCCAAGUGGCUAAGCCUCGUUCAGUCCUAGUCCGUCCGGGACCCUCGCUGGACCAGGAUCGUCGGAUGAGACCGUCCAGUUCGACACCGGUUUUCACUCGGCCUCUUUCUGCCGUGUGAAGCUCGAAGCGGCGCUCUAAAAUCUGUCGUAAGACUGGCGGACUGCGACCUUUCGGCUCUAUCCGCCAUUAUCCGUGCCUAAUCACCUAAACCCCUCGUCGGUCUCGAGUGGGAACUUGCGGUGGCCCGGCAUCGAUGAUGCUGUCUGAGUCUCGCGGGCCGGCGCGGCACGUCCCUUAAAAACAGGGC